AUGGGCUUUUUUCAGUCAUGUAUUGAUGCGCUUUUGCAGCUCGCUGCACUGACCCCCUUUACUCCCUAUGACGACUAUUCUCAGAAGCCUCUCUUUGGAAGCUCGCAUGACGCCUGUGUCUAUCCAGCUAGGUGGACGUCCUGCAACACGCCGACAUCUAGAGACUGCUGGCUGCAAGAUACCGAGUCUGCGGACGAGUUCGGGGCCUAUUCUCAGAUUGAUAUUCACACGGAUUAUGAGAAUGAAGAGGCUACGCCUCGUGGUAUUACUCGAGAAUACUGGCUUGAAGUAGACGGAGACUUCCUGCUCACGGCCGAUGGCUUCCCCAAGACAAGCGGAAAAGUCUUCAACAAGCAGUAUCCCGGACCGCUCAUUGAGGCAUGCUGGGGCGAUGAGCUUGUGAUCCACGUGAAAAAUAAUUAUACAGCAAAUGGGACGGCUAUUCACUGGCACGGCAUUCGCCAGCUGAACACUAUGCAGAUGGAUGGUGUCAACGGCGUCACGCAAUGCCCUAUUGCCUAUGAGGACUCUUUUACUUACAAGUUCAGGGCUUUGCAGUACGGCCACACUUGGUAUCACUCGCACUACUCACUUCAGUAUCCUGACGGCCUGGCUGGUCCACUGGUCAUCCAUGGUCCGUCAAGCACGAACUGGGAUAUUGAUCUCGGUCCUAUCUUGAUCCAAGAUUAUGUCCACGACUCUGCGUUUGUGCGUUACCAGGCGGAGAUCACUCCAGGGAGCAUUGCCUAUGCUGAUAGCAUCGUGGUCAACGGGACGGGCCAUGAUCCAGCGACCGGCACUGGAGCGUAUUUCAAUACCACCUUCACUAAAGGGAAGAAGCACGUCUUGAGAUUGAUCAACGGAUCUUCAGGAACGCAUUACAUCUUCUCCAUUGACGGCCACAACUUCACAGUCAUAGAAACGGAUCUGGUUCCUAUUGAACCUUAUACCACAACGAGUCUGAGUAUCGGGAUCGGCCAACGCUACAUGAUCGUGGUCGAGGCUGAUCAGGAGCCCGGCGAUUAUUGGAUGCGCACCCACCCGGCCACAGGCUGCAACACCUUCACACCGACCCUGCCCUGCGGCGGGCGCUUCAGCGCAACGUGUGAGCCCUUCAACGUGACGACGGGCAUCAUCCGCUACGACGCGUCUAGCACGGCCGAGCCUACCAGCCAGCCGUGGCCGUACAGCACCCUCUGCCUGGACGAGCCGUACAGCAGCCUGAAGCCCGUGGUGCCGUGGGUCAUCGAUCACCACCCGGCCAACGAGAUCACCGACAACAGGUUCGCGGCUGUGCACCAGACGGUCAACAGCUCUGCGGCCACCGGCGGAUAUGCCCACUGGGAGCUGACGCCCGACUUUCUGUGGCUGGACUUUGGGAACCCGACCAUCUUGAACUUUGACAACAAGAGUUAUGACCAGGACUCGAACUUUCACAUUGUUGAUGUAACCCACCCUCUACACUGGCACGGCAUGGACGUCGUCGUGCUCGCCCAGAACACCACCACCUUCGAUCCCGUCUCAAGUUACGAGACGUUCAACUUCGUGAACCCUCCGAGGCGCGAUGUUGUUCUCCUGCCUGCUGGCGGCUAUAUCGCCAUCGCCUUCAAGCCGGACAACCCUGGAGCUUGGUUGCUGCACUGUCACAUCGCUUGGCACGCUUCGGCUGGUCUCGGCUUGCAGAUUCUGGAGCGCCAGCACGAUAUCGUCCGGAGCCUCGGCGGACCUGAGGCUCUUGCAGAGACGGAGCGAGUGUGUCAGAACUGGCGGCAGUAUAACAGUGCUCAUCCCGUCGAUCAAGAUGAUUCGGGGAUUUGA